AAUACUGAAUACACACAUUGUGAUGUUUGAGAAGAAAGAAAAUUUGUCAAUGAAACAACAUGCAUGCCUAAAAUUCUGCUCUGUGCGCGGGUGUAACCCAUGGAUUUGUCUAAUAAAUAUCUAAAUAACACGGAGUAGAUGGGGAGCAAAGAAAUUCGGAUUAUAAUAUAGAUUCUGAGGCUCAAGAUCUCAUGCAAUUAUCACUUUCCACACACGGAUUUUUGCCGGUGAGCGGUCAGUCAUUUCGACCUGUAACAAAUUGGUGCUACCGCGCUGCGCAAAUCGGCUUCAAUUUUGGUGGAUUUAAACUGCCAUUUGGAAUGACCACCGAUAUGUUGAAAUUACUGACCAAGAAGUUAAAAUCACAGAGUCUGAGCGAAGGAAGUGACCCCUACCAACACGAGGACGCUGACGAUGAAGAACGAGACUCCGGCACAGAGUCCGAUGAAAACUUUGAUGAUGAUCUCUAUGGCUCUCACACCAGUCUCGAUGAUUUGCCACACAAAAACAACCACAACAGUAACAACAACAACACAAGCAACACAGACGGCAUUGGCGACAAAACACAAGAUCUUGACUUGCCUGGGGCAAAAACCCACGAGAUCAGCGAGCACAACUUUGACACGGUCAGCUGCACCUCUGAUUACGAGCGGCACAGUUUAGAUUUUGAUCGCCACAGUUCGGAAGACGAACUCGUGAACAUUAACAAAGAGAAUGUUAGGGAGAAGCGCAAGUGGUCAGACAUGAAUGUUUGCGGAUACUGUGAUAGCGAAGAUUCGUCAGACGAUGAAGUGAAAGAAUUCCUGCUGAAUCCUCAACCAGUCUUGUUAAGUGCAAGUCCACCAAAAGGUGUUCAGAAAGUUAAAGUGUAUUCAAAAUCGGCAGGCCAGACACAAAGACGGGUUUUGGCGGGAAUGGCCCCAAUUACAGUGACCUCCAUGUCUCCACGGAAACGGCACAGGCUGAAUAAGACCUCGGACAAAACAUCGGACGAUGCGUAUGACUCUGAUUCAGGCCCUGUCACACAACGGCCGUGUCUGGAUUUUGAAAAAAUGCAGCAAGUGCAAGCUUUUGUGUGAUCAUGAAUCUUGUGUUCAAAAUGUGGAAAAAAAUGACAGGUAGGGACAGUUUCUGCAGGGCUAUGUUAACAUUCUUAGGGACAGAAAUAUUACUCUCUACAGUAGGAGAAAGUAGAGAAUUAUUCAGGGCGGAAUAGUGCUAGGGCAAAUUGGAAUGGACGUUUUUAUUAAAAUUGGACAUGAUCUAUUUUUUCAUUUUGUAUCUGACUUGACCAACCUUUCCAUUAAUCAUUUUGCUUUACUGCUUUUUGUGAUUAUAUUAAGACAUGCAUAUCUGAUUAUCGUCUACGCAUUUGUGACUUCAGGAAUAGUCAUACUCUAAUGGAAGAGAUUUUGUGUGUGAAGUUAAUGCUUCAAAUUUUGUAAAUGUAGUUGAUACAUGUAAGAUCUAUAUCUUGCGUUUUUUUUAUGCUUUGAAUUUCCUCCGUUGCAACAUGGAAUGUUUUAGUAUCGUGAAAGUUGAAUGUUUUGUGCUGAAAUAUUGAACUCCCCUGCUUGUGAUAAACCGUUGCAGUCCACAUACCAAAAGAAGUGCAUUCAUUUUAGGUUUCGUGAGCACUAGAAGGUCAAUUUUUACAAACCUGACUCGGGAAAUCCUUUUCUGCCAAAGUGGUGUUUAUUUUUAUAGGAUUGACCCUAUAAGUAUUGUACCUGCUUUAGACUGCUAAACACUUUUAAGUCGUGUACAUAAGAUACAAAAGUAUGCUCUCAGCCUUCUACAUUUGAUCUCUUUUGUCAGAGGUAGCAAGCUUUAUGAUAAGUUUGCUAUUUUAUAUUCUGAGGAAACCAAAAGUUAAGAUUAUCUUUGAAUUUUGAUUUCUCUUUGGUAUGUGGGCUAGAUUAAUCUGUGAAUUUGAGAAUUAUCUACCUCAAAAGAAUUAAAACAAAGGGGACUAAUAUUACAUGAAAAUUGUUUUACUUUAAGUGUGUCUGAACAAAAUAUGUACAUGUGUGUUUGACUGACCGUAGGUCUUUCCAAGUUGUUUAAAACUGCGUGCUGUGGAUGGACGUUAGUAUCUAUGGCAAUGUCAACAUCUUUGGGUAAAUGGUGCCAUCCAGUUGCUUAUUACCACCAUUUUUAUUUGAAUUAUUACGUUUCCAUCAUUCUAUUAUCAUAUUAUUGUUAUCUCAUGUCCACACCAAUAUAUUAUUUAGCACCAUUUUGCAGUUUUCAUUUCGUACAAUGUAUCUAAUUGUGAAUUUUUUGGUACUUUUUAAAUAACUUGUUGUGGUUAUUUGAUAUUCAUACGUACAUGUAUGUAGUUAAGAAUCAGUCAUGUUUUUCUCUAGUUAUAGCAUACAACAUUUUGAAGUAGUUCCCCAUGAUAUAUUGUUUCCCAAUUUUCACUCACAUUCUCUAGUCUUACUUAAAAAUCAGUUGAACAAAGAGCAUUGUAUUUCAUGAUGAUAUUUCAUUUCUCACAUUUUCUGGUGAAAGAUUUUAUUUUUCAAUUUCUGUACCAUUUCUAUACCAAGUUACCUGUCGAUGUGCUGCCGCCAUGUGUUCGACACAAUAUUUAUGAAUAAUCCUUGAUUCAAUCCUUUGCAUGCUGGAAAAAUUUGUCGUCUGCUAAAAUGUCGUCUGCUGAAUUUCUAAAAUUAGCAUUUUAUUCCAUUUUUUUCCAAAGAAUACUAUCAGACUAGCAAACAGUUUGGAUCCUGAUGAGACGCCAUGUUCUGUGGCGUCUCAUCUGGAUCCAAACUGUUUGCAAAGGCCUUCAAAAUUCGGUUCUAGCACUGAAAGGGUUUAAAUGUUUUGAAGUCCUAUAAACUUCAAAUCAAGAUAUGGGAUAAGCGGAAUCAGUACUAGUCUACAGUACUAAGAUUUUUAAUGGGUUUGAAAAAAAGACAACAAAUAUUCAUUUAAUUGAAAUUUAGAUCUAGAAAACAGUUCUUUUUCAGGUUAUUUUUUUAAUAAGAAUAUGAAAUAAACACAAUCAGGUUUCUUUUCUUCUAAUUAAACCUCAGCAGAUAUGUUUUCUUGCAUUUGAGUAGAUUGUAUGGAUGUUGUGAUGUUGUUUUUCUUAUAUUUUUACAAUCUAAAAUCAUUUUUAUAUCUGGUUCGAUGUUGUUUAAGACCAGAACUCUGUUGAUAUGAAAUGGAUGAUUUCCGACAAUUCAGGGCAAGUUAUGUUUGUAAAUAUACUGAACGUGUAGACUAGGUUAUUUUAAUUAAAGUUUUGAUGAUGUCAUAGGUCGACUAUGAUAUUAAUGACCUUGUACAUUGAAAGAUGUAUAUAAUAUAUUAUGAAAACAUUAAAAAAUAUUAGAAACAA